GUAACUGGACUGACUCACGUGCCCGGCUCUUUGUGACUUCCGCGACCCUCAACCCCCCAGUCGUGCCAUUGCCAGGAAACGGAAAGGAGCUGUGGCGGCGUGACCUACCAGCAGGCCGGGGAGAUCGAGGAGGCAGGCCGGGGAGAUCGUGGAGGCAGGCCGGGGAGAGGGACGGAGUGUGAUCGUGUGGGAUAAGCCUGGGCAGCCUGUCAUAGGCAGUGAGUUGACGCAUACAAAAAUACCAGAAGCCUCAUGAAGCAGCUGCGUGAGAAUAAAGCUGGGGGCCAUCCCCAAAAGAAGAAUUCCUCCUCUGGUAAGGACAGUAAGACUCCAACCGUACAGACUCCGGAUAUCGGUUGGCAGAUCAAUAUCUUAAAUCAAAAACUCUUAGGCCAAAAACGAUCUCCACAAGUUUUGAGCAGCAUGGGAGGUGGUGCUGCAGGAAGUGCUGAUGAUGCCAAAAGACGUAAACUCUUGCCCGAAGUGAAUUCACCUAGCCAAGAAUCUGAAGAGGAGUCAGAUGACAGUGAUUAUGAGAGAGUGGAGAGUGAUAAUGAUGUCAGUGAUACUACAGAGAGCGAUGAAGAUGAUGGGGAUGAAACUGACAGUGAUGCAUCAGAAAGUAGUAAUGAAGACCCCGAAGAAACCGCAAGCCAGCCUUCUUCAAGGCCUGAUUUAACAAAAGAAUUGUCUUCAGUGUCUUUUGAGGAGCUGUUACAAAUGAGAAACCAAGUUGGGAUGAAGGCUUAUCAGCAAAUGACAUCUAAGAAAAGGCCACCAGAUGUCACAGAAACAAAGAAGAGGCCGUGUUUGAGCAAAAACAGGCCUUUGGAAACUUCAGCCAAACUGCCAGUACCUUUUUUGCGGCAAGUCGUGCCUGUUAAGAAAAAGGUGUCCCGAGAUCCUCGUUUUGAUGACCUCUCUGGGGAAUAUAAGCCAGAAGUGUUUGAAAAAACAUAUAGUUUCUUAAAUGAUGUGAGGAAGAAGGAAAAAGAGGUUAUUCAGAAGCAACUGAAGAAAAGCCAAAAUGUGGAAGAGCAGAACAAAUUGCAGCAGCUCCUUAAGCGAAUGACACAACAGGAAGAAGCACAGAGAAAGUACCAGAAAAAGAGAGAAAAUUCCCUGGCAUUCAAGAGGCAGCAAAGAGAGUUGGCCAAGCAAGGAAAGAAGCCCUUCUUCCUAAAGAAAUCUGAAAUGCAGAAAAUGGAACUUGCUGAGAAAUACAAACAACUGAAGAAAAGUGGGAAGCUGGAGAGUUUCCUGAACAAGAAGAGGAAAAGGAAUGCUGCUAAGGAUAAAAGGAAACUCCCUUUUCGGAAGGAUAGCUAAUGUCUGCCUAAACCCCCCACCCCCCCACAGGUUCCUACUUUGCCAUUUAUACAGGCAACUCUAUGAAAGAAGAUGACCUCUUGUGUGUUACCAGACAAUGAAGGCGAAUAGCCAGGAAUCAUCCCACAGUUCAAGAUACUCUGCCAAGUAAUUUAUGUCUGCUGAAAAAAAUGAUUGUUGUGCAAAAUUAUGUUGUUCCAAUUUCACAAGGACCUCUUAAACUUUGAAAAAGGAAUCUUUUUAGCAAUUAAAUUUCCUGCUGCUUGUUCUUCUUUUCCUAUCCUAUCAAUCUGAUCUCAUUCCCCUCUGCUUCUCCCAAAACUGUUCUUCCUCCUUCUAGUCUAUUUUUUCUACUGUGUGUAGGCUUGGCAUUCACCUACCGUUUUUAAGAAUUGCUUUCCUGGAGAGCACUCUUACUUUCCUGCAGCUACCCAUUAGUCCUGCUUGAUUGUGAUUCCAGCUGUUUUAUUUGCAGAGCUUAACAGAAUAACAAUAACUGAUGCUUAACAGAAUUUCCCAGUGAACAGCAGCACUGCGCAAGCUAGAAUUUUCAUUUAAGCACUAUUUGCAGUAUUGCAGAUGGAAGAAUUGCAAACAGCAUAUUGAAUUCUAGCCUUGGCAUAUAUAUGUAUAUUUUCCAGCUUCUUACACUUUGGUUAGGGACAACAGGUUUUUUUGUAAUAUGAAUGCAUUUACUUUUACCGCUGAAGUGGACUAUCAACUGUCCAUGUUUUUAGCGGGUUUUUAGAAAAUGUGUGUAAACAUAAAGAGUAUUAUUACAGUACAACAUUGACAAUUUUCAUUUUGACUGAGUUUGCUGUAUCACCAAUCAGCAUCACGGUUUCACUGGGUGUAUUUUAAAAUAAAUUUGUUAUUUUUAUAAAGUAAAUAUUUUAUAUAGGAAUAAUAGAUAAAUCAUCCUAGCAAUAUCUCAUGAUCAAAUAAAAGUUUUACCAUUUUUAAA